AUGGGAAUCCCCAAGCUCAAUCUCUAAUCAUUCAUCACUCCAAAUCUCUUAUCUAAAAUUCUACAAUAGGAAAUUUCCAAGUUUUGAGGAUGAGCAAGUUUGGGUGCAUGGUCGUUUUCUGUGCUUUUUCUGCAGCAAUGCUGCAGCAAGGUGCAACAGCAGAGGUGUAUGUGGUUGGAGAUUCCAUUGGGUGGGCUAUCCCCCAAAAUGGUGCUGCUGCUUACGCCGACUGGGCUUCUGGUAAAAACUUCAAAGUCGGUGACAUCCUAGUGUUCAACUUCGUAACCAACCAACACGAUGUCCAACAAGUACCCAAGGCAUCCUACGAUGCAUGCAAUUCAAACAAUGCAAUAGGCGGCAUGAUCACGAAUGGACCAGCAAAUGUAACUCUCAGAUCCACCGGAGCUCAUUACUUCAUUUGCACUUUCAAUGGCCAUUGCAAAGCAGGUCAGAAGCUAGCCAUUUCGGUGAGCGGCUCAGCUGGCACUCCAGGGGCCAAUCCUCCCGCUAGGACCCCUGCUCCCACAACGACUCCUACCGCUCCUUCUCCACCCUCUAACCAGCCGCCUGGUGCUCGUGCACCAACGCCUUCACCAGCUCCCAAAGCUGACGGACCUUCUGCUGCAACACCAACAGCCGUGACCACCCCACCACCACCUCCUCCUACUUCAUCCUCGAAUGCUGUGUUUGCCGGCCUUGGUUUCGGCAUUGCAUCCGUUGCCGUGGGCCUUUUCGUCUAAACAUGGAAGGACAUGAAGGAGAUAUUCUUGAUUUUGAUGUUUAUUUUGGGUAGUCUUUCAACAAUUAAUAAUAUUGUGCUUGGGUCGCGUAGAGUGUAGACUGUUACUGUAUUUAGCCAUCAGAAAAUGUUAUCAAUAAAAUUCAUGGAUUUUUGGGGUAUUAA